GCGGCAGCCCCGCGGCGUGUGGGCCCGCGGGUCGCGGUGCCGCCAUGGCGGCGCUGCCCGGGCCGCGCAAGCGGAGCGGCCCCGCGCUCUGCGGGGACAGCGGCCCCGCGGCCGCCCCGCCCGCGCUCCGCAACGUCCUUCCCCCGCACAAGCGCCCCAAGAGCGCCGUGACCGGGAUCGUGGACUUCGGGGACAGCGAUGACUUCACGGCGGACGACCUGGAGCAGAUCGACAUCCUGGCCUCGCAGGCGCUGUCGCAGGACCCGCCCGCGGGACGCGCGUGGGGAGCCGCGGAGCUGCCCCGGGGCCCGCGGCAAGCAGGAAGCAGAGCAGAAGAUGGCCUGAUGAGAGAUGCAUUCCAGUUUGAAGUGCUGCAGACACAGCAUGAAGAAGUCAAACAGAAGCUGAAAGAAAUGCAGGAUGAAAUUCUCACUAAAAAUGGAGAAAUUAAAAUUCUGCGUGACUCAAUGCAGCAGAUGGAGCAUGCUAUGGAAGAACAGAAAAAAUCAUACCUGCUACUGGAACAGCAAAAAUCUCAGAUUUUGAGUGAAAAAGAAAAAGAGUUCUCCAAAAAGCUACAGUCGCUGCACUCGGAGCUGCAGUUCAAGGAUGCAGAAAUGAAUGAAUUGAGAACACGACUUCAGAACUGUGAAAGAAACAAACACCUUUCUCAGGCAGUUCCAGCAACGAGCCCUAAAAAGAAUCUUGUGGUUCAAGGGAAAUCAGAAGGAUGUUCUCCACAGCCAGAAAGAAGAUCUUUUCCUACAAAGGAAUCCUUCAAUGCUGAAAUGUCCACUAGGCCAUCGUGUUCUUCAGGAAAUUUGAUGUCCCUGGCUACUUCAAUCAAAGAAGACAGGAAGAUAACCCAUCCUGAAGUUUCAUCCCUGAAGCAGCACAAAGCAACAGGAAAAAAUGGUUCCUACAACCCUGUCCCCAAACGAAAAACACAAGGUUCUAUCUUGCUGAAUGCACUGAUGAAGCAGCCCACAGUCCCUGGGUCACUUCUAGGUUUCUGCCACCUUCUCAGUAGCGACCCUGAGCCUCUCCCUGGAGCUGUGUUGCCACCCAACUCUUUGGAUAUGAAGCCCACACAACUCCCCAGCAGCAGGACAACUCAAGAAGGAGUCACUCCUCUCGUAUCCCUGCAAGAAGCUCAAAAAUUGGCAAUAACAGGACUGAACUUGAUUGCUCUGGAUGAAGGAUUACCUGAGGGAAGCCCAGCAGAAGGCCAUGGGGGGCUCCUGCCCCUCACACAGAGCAGGAUCCAAGGUGCUGUGCACCUCCUGCCCUUGGUGGAGCACCACGUUGGUGCCUUCUGCCGAGCGCAGCAACUCGGGGACGCGCCAGGGAACGGAGCUUGUGGGACCCACCCAACUGCUGCUUCCAGAGCCAGCACAAACUCGGGCUCAGGCAAGGAGGACUUCAGGCUGUCCCUUGAAGAAACUACUCUCGUGUCACUGGGGAUCCUUUAUUAUCUGGUGUUCUACAGCUGGGAUGUUGUCCAGACAUUGCUGUCUGCUGAAAUGGGAAACAGUUCUGCUGCUGCAGAUGAACACGUUUCCAAGAUGGACAAAAAGGUGUUGUGUGACAAUCAGUGUGACAAUAAAGAAGAGAGCAGGACACAAGGAGGGCUGCCUCCACAGGAUCCUCCCAAUACUGAUGGAGCUCAACAUUCUUUGUUUAAAAAGCUGCUUCAGAUUUUAACUUUUUCUGCUGCAAGGGGUUCCCAGACUGACAAUAUCCUGAGCCAAAGCCUUAAGGUUUUGGUAAAAUUAGCUGAAAAUUCAACUAUGGACUUGUUAAUAAAUUUCCAGCACUUGCUGAGUAGCCAGGUGCUGCAGCGCUGUCUGCGGCCCGACACACCCGUGCCUGCCGUGCUUCUGACUGUCAGACUCCUGUGUGCUCUUGCUCAGCACCACCUGCUGGUUGCUCAGCUCUGUUCUCAUUCAGACACCUGCCUUCUCCUUGCACUCUACAUGUACAUAACAUCAAGGCCAGAUAAAUCAGCAUCUGAAAUGCUUUGGCUUCAGCUGGAGCAAGAGACAGUGAGGCUCCUGACACGCUGCAUGUGGUGCUCCAGGCCAGCAGUUUUAUUUCCUGGCACAGACUGUCAGUGCUACCUCGAGGUGGUUAAGGCACUAAUUGUGAUGUUGCACAGACAGUGGAUGAAGAUUAGAUCUGAGAGCAGCUUGUGUGCACACAGGGAACGAGUUAUUCAGUUUUUACGGGAUGCUGUUUUACUCUUGCACAGCCUGUCUCAGAAAGAUAAACUGUUCCAUGAACACUGUUUGGAAGUUCUCCAUCAAUACGACCAAGCCAUGCCAGGAAUAAGAGCCAUUCUCAAAAAGACUCAAAAACUGAGUGCCUCUGAAGAGCUGAUUUUGGAUGAAUUGUAUCCUCCUGAGCCAGAAGAGCAAGGAACAGACUCCAGCUAGCCAACAAUAAAGAUCUCUGUCCUUCCUCAUCUGAAUCAUCACUGCCAAUGUAAAUGUGAACUUUGAAUCAUCCUUUUAAGUGAUAAUCUUGGGUUGCACUCAAACACGGCACAACUAGGACACAUUUCUCUGUUGUAAUUAUUUCACUGCUAUCUAAAUGUAGCUGAAAGCAAAGGAAUUUUGAUGAGAGUGAUACUGCUGUGCAAACUCAUGACUGCUUAUGACUGGUUCUGGUUAUGAAUUCCAUCCUGUAUGAAACCACUGUGAAUGGAAAGGAAAUUUCUCUCUAUUCUCCAUUUUACUGUGGCUACAGCUGAAUUGAUGGUGCUGAAUGUGCUGAGGUGUUUGGCAUCACUGCAUUCAUAUGAAAGCCUUUUGAACACACUUGUGUCUUUUGUAGCUGUACCACUUCCUUGUGUGACUUCCAGAAUUACCAUAUUGUUAAUAUUAGUAAACAGUUUAUGGUGAUUUUAAAAAUCCUUCUAGAAAUAACUUAAUUGGCAGUUCACUACAGGGCUUCGAAUUUCUUGCUGAGGAUUGGUCAUCUGAGCUCAAUUUCAUCAAUCUCCUGAAAGAGUAAUUACUGAGAUGCCAAAACAAACAAUACUAGAACUUACAUUUUACAAUUCCCCUUAAAAGAGUAAGAUGGUACUGUUGAGGAUUGCAUCCUAGGCAAUAGAAGGAUUUUUAAGUGUGUGCAGAAUGACUGGGAUUUUUGGUCAUGAUGAAGAUGAAGGAGCCUCUCAUUGCUUGGAUUCAGCACCAAAGGUUGGAGGAAGAGCUGCUGCCCCACUCUUUGAAGUGUGCAUGGUCCUCACUCACUGUCACACUGGGCUGCAGAGGUCAUCAGCUGAGGGGAGUUAUUAAAAUGAGCCCUCAGGUGUGUGUGUGUUUAGAUGGGAGAUCUCUUUUCCAUUUUCAACAGACACUUGGUUAAGAACAAGCCUGAAUCCAGGAACCAGGAGGACAAGAGACUUAAUGAGAGUGGGAAGGAAGCCUUUGGAAAAUUCUGUUCUCUGGUCAUGCCCAAAAUGCUGUGACCUUUCCUGCAAAGAGCCCACUCCAGUGGGCUCAGCAAGCUCCUGGCCUGGCUCUUGCUUUGGAAGAGAACUUUCCUAGAAAUGCCUAUGCAGGAAGAAUUGGGAAAAUAAUCCAGCACCUCCAGAGGGCCAAAGCUGUUUCUUCCCCCCAGCCUGGGCUCAGCCUCCUCCUCUCUGAGCAGCAGCUGCACCAGGCAGGGCCAGGUCAAUCCUGUGAAACACAAGCUGCCAACUGCUCCUCUCAGUAACAGGUUUCAAGUCCCUUGUAGCAUCUGGAAAACUGCCAUGUUCCUGCUGAAAUGCACCAAGGAAGGAUGCACAGGCACAGAGCAGCAAAGCCUUCCAAGUCUGUGUGUGCUUGCAUGGCCACAACCCUGUAACUGUCACCAGGUCCUGGACAGGACAAGCUGUAGAUAUCAGUGUGACAAAAAACAUUUGACUUGUCUGUGUAAAAUAAAUAAAUAACCAAAUAAACAAAACAACCCCCCCCCCCCAAAAAAAAAAAAAAGAGAGAGAGAAAAACAACCACCAAACAACGUUUCCUGGUCUUCAGGAUUCCAAGAUUAGAGAGAAGACCUGGAAAGUGCAUGUAUAAGCCCUUUCCCUCCUCAAAACCAAAAUAAACAUUAAGAUGAUUCCUUAAGAACAACCCAAUGAGCAGGAGCUGUGGUAAAGCAGUAUCUGGCCAUGAGCCUGCUGUGAGAGGCAAGCUUAGAGCUGUCCUAACAAACAUAUGACAGUCACAGUACCUCAGAUAUCCCAAAAUGCAGUGAUCAUCAGUUUUCAACCACUCACCACUUAAUUUCUCUAAACAAUUUAAGUUUCUAGAGAUAAGAGACAUUUAACCCAUCUGGGUGAACAAACCAAAUGAACUGUUAAGAAUUUGGACAAAAAACAGUUCCCUAAGGAAUGCCAAAAUGCUGGAGCAAUCCAGUUAUAAAAAGUUGUUUAAAAAAAUUCCUGGCUUCCUCUGAAGGGUGUGUGUAUGGCAACUUGGAAAAAGGGAGAAGUGGAUUAUUGCUAAACUUUAUAUAAACAGAAGAGUUAUCUCUGGAAAAAACUGGUAGGAAGACUCCUAACUGUUCCCUCCUGGCUCUGCAUCCCUUCCCAUCCACUCCUUCUAACAAAACAACUCCCAAACCAUGUACAUUUACAUUCUCAGUUUCUCCCAACUCUGGACUUUAAAGUAGUACAACCCAGGCUCCAUACACCAAACAGACCCAAUCCCCUACACUUUGACUGGCAGGAAUGACAGUAACAUCAUGUUAUUGUGAAAUUAAACCACAGCUUUUAAGACUGAAGGCAUUGUCUGUUCACAUUCCUAAGGAAAAAUGAGGCUGUACUCCCCUAAAGAGAAAAGGCAGAAAAUAAAUAUAUUUGCAGAACCACCAUAAUUAUUUAAGACACUUACAGUGAUCAGCCUUGUCAGGAAUAUUUUAAGAUUGUGCCGACCUUCAGCAAUUCUUCCCUUUUUACUUUUUCCUGGAAUUUUUCUCAGGAUUAAAAAGAACCAAUUGUGUAUGCAACAGCUCAUCAUCCCUGAUCAUCAGUUCUUCACUUCCUGAAGAAUUCCCACCACAGCAGCUUUUCAUUUCCACACCAUGUUACAGAUAAGCUGUGCCUCUGUAUUAACUGAGAAAAGCAAUUUACUCUGGCAUCAAGCACAGGCACAAGACUGAACAAUGAAGUACUGAGCAAAGGAAAGCCACCAGGCAUGUCCUACACACAAUUAUCACAUUCCUCAGCAGCAGCCACCCAUCUGCUUCCUUGCCCCUGGGGAUGGCAACCAGGGUUUCCCCUUGGCUGAAAGCUGAGCUCACCAGAGCUGCUUUUUCCUGCUCAAUGAAACCUUGCUCAAUUCUACACCUUGCAGAUCAUUGCCUUGGUGAGGGUGGAAGGGGCCUCUGCAGCUCAUCCAGCCCCCAGCUGAAACAAGAGAAGCCAAACAACUGUUUUGUGUCAUGUCAGGCCUCAAAACCCCAUCUUUUUAAACCAAAAAUACAAAAUACCUCAUCUUGUAGCACACAACAUCCCUGACCUCAGUUGGGUUUAUUCAUAUUAAUCCCACGAGUCAGUUACUGCUUAAAAGCCUGUGCUAAACAAUUAGAACAAAGUCAUCCUAACCACUGAAUGUUUUUGUUACAGUAUGCAAUAUCAUUUAUGGGUAUAAUGGCCAAAUGGUUACAGUUAGAGCAAAAUGCAGCACAGACUGUGUUAUCUGCUGUGAAUGUAACAGCAAAUACAAACUUCCAGUGUAAAUUGUUAAAAAAUGUACAUUGUUGAUUGUAAUUGCUUUAGCAGACUGAUAAGAAAAGGUGAUCUGUGAUCUCUGCAAAGACCUACAAACCCACUGUGGCUGAAGUUUAGCAAAGUGCUUCCAAGAGCAAGGGCCAACACCUUCACACCUGAAGUGUGACUGCCAGCACUGCUGAGCCUGGACUAAUUUGAAAACUUAGUCCUAAAGCUUGUUAGUGCAAUAGUUGCUUCAAGGCUAAUCUGCUUUUGAAAAUAUCCAGAGGAAAUGGCCACUUUUAUUUUCACACAUGGUCAGAAUGUAAUAACCAGUGCCUGUAGAGUGUCCUAACAGAGGUAACACAAAUCUCUGUGUUUUAAUCUAUGCAUUAAUCAUGUUGUAGGCUGGUGUUUUGCGAAUGAAUGAUUUGUUUUGCUAAAGAACCUCAUAGCACAGCUGAGCUGCAACCCCUGUCCAACAGUCUGAGAAUGACAUCCUUCCUGAUUCCAGGGGCAAGGGACCACCAGAGAGUGAACCAAAAAUGCCAUUGCAGGAACAAGAAGUGUUAGAAUGAAAGGCUGCAGUAGCUGGUUUGAGUGCAGUAAGAGAAAUGGGAUAUCAGAGGUUAUUUUAUAAUGGCUAGCUGGCCCUGAGGUAGGGGCUGCCUUUGCAGAGGACACAACUCCAUCAGUGCAGAAGCCUGAGCCCUUGAAAGGAUAAAGUAACAUUUUCUGCAGCUUUCUCUCACCUUUCAGGUUUGACUCAUGCACUUUUCCCCCUCCUAUAUGGCUCACUGAAAAGCUGUAAAUCUGACCAGGUUCCUGUGGUACAGGCUGCAAAAACAACUAGAUAUGGUCAAAUAAUAACUAGAGAAAAAAAAACAGGCCCCAAUCUACUGGCUAAAGCAAAUCUGGUGAGUUAUUGCAAGUGCUGAGAUAUGAUACCGAGUUUCCAUACUUGGAAAAAAUAAAACAGGCAAGAAUUGCUUGUUUGGCAAUAAUUGAAGUUUUUCCCCUCCUGUGUGUCCAGCUCUUCCCACACAACCCCGCCAUGAGUUUUAAAUGCAUGCCAAGUUUAGUACUGGAAAAAUUCACACUACCAUAGACAACUGCUGACUAAACAUUAUGAAAACAUAACCAGCCAUAUUCCUCACCUAACCCUGGGCUCCCAACUUCUCAGUUCAGCCAUUUGCCCUCCUAUACAACCCUUAGCUGCAAAAAUAAAGGGUGAAGGUACCUUUGAAACCCCAUGUGUUCCUUAAGGGAAUCUGCAGGUUUUAAUCAAAACUCAGGUUCUGCUCCUCAGCCCUGUGUGCACAGAGAGAGGCACACAGCUUUCCUCUGAGCACUUCUCAAACUCAGCCACAGGUGCACCUGCUAAAAUUCAUGGGAAAAGAGAAAUAGAUAAACUAAAAAGCAGUGCCAACAAAAUCUUCACAAAUAACUGGUGUCAUUUCUAUCAUAAACAUUAAUUAUAUGUUUUCUAGAUUUAGGCUUUUAGGAGCAUGCAUUUUGUCUGCUUCCCCCAGUCAAGUAAGACAAAAUGUGAAAUAGAACUGGAAGUGAAAUUAUUUAUAUUGCACUUCCAACACAUUAUCAGCCUGCAGCUGAGACUCCAACAAAAUCAAAGAGUAACACUACAAAACUACCCAAUUAUUAUGGGGUUUUGAUUGGGUGUUAGUGGUUUUUUUUAAUUUCUGUGUUUCUCCAUUUGUUUUUCUUUUCAAUGCUACAUUAGAAUGUAGCUGGCAAUUCAAGGCAAUAAUGCUGAUACACUAAACAAUUCACUGCUGUGUGCUGUCAUAUGAAGAAUACUCUUAACCUGCUCAAAGAAAACAUUUUCAAGUGAAAGACUAAUAAGUCAGGGGUGUGAAUACAACCUAAAACAUUUUUAUCAAAACUAUAAAAUACACAAACACUUUAGCAAAAACAUUUUCAGACAGAGCAGAAAGCAUCACUUACCUCAUGCUGAAUUGGUCAAUUUGAUGAAUGAGGCACAAUACUUAACACACAAGUUUAAACAGGUUGAGAAGGUAUUUUUAAUGGAAUUACAGACUUCCUUAGAAUCAAUCCUUUGGAGCUGCUUGGCAGCAGUCUGUCAGAGGAUCAUUUACCAGCAUACACUGUCCCUGCUUUAUGCUGUGAUCUGUAAUUUUGGCUAGGCUUCAGUCUCCACCACCAGAAGUGAUAUUCAUGACGCAAGGUGACCCAAAGGACGCUCAGUAACACGAGCUGUCAAACACAUGAAGGAAAAUGGAGCUUUGCAGACACACCCCUAAAUAAUACUCAAAAUGAGGCUAAGAAAACCAAGUUGACAGAAUGUACUUCAAACACUGAAUUUAUUACAAAGGUGCAUAGAGUUUAUGCCAUUUGGUUUGAAUACUUAUGUUUAACCUACAAACAACAUACAAAGCGAGGUUACAGUAUGUAACAAAAGCAACAAUGAUUAUCUAGUAAAUUCAAUAUUCUACUGUCUUUAAUUUCACAAAACAUUUCUGAAACAAAGGCACUUACAGAAUUAAAAAAAAAAAAGAUAUAUCAACAUUUAAAGUCUUAGCUCCUUUCCUCCUCCCUACAGCACUGUGGAGAACAAGUGUGACAUGAAGGCAACAGCUACUGGGACUGACACACCAGCAGUGCUUCAACUAAAAACUUCUGGAUCAUCUCCAUCUUUUCUGUAACCAUCCCAUUCUCUUCAGUAUUUGAAAACAAACUUCAACAAGGCUGCAGGGCAAGAACCAAAUAAAAUUUGGUCCUACACCUCAUUGUUAAUGAUGAUUAAUGCACUAACAGUAAGAAAUUAAUCAUAAUCUGAAUUAUUUUGAACUGGACCAUUUUCUCUUCUUUCAGUAAGUUUUGUAACUGAAUUAGUAACGGUAUUGCUAAGGCAGUUCCUUGUACAUGAAUGACUGAUCUCUUCACUUGUACAUAGCCAUCAUUUGCACAUGUCCACUGAUGAAAGGUGUCAAUUUUCAGCUCCUUAACCCUACCCCUCAUCUCCCACCACCCCACACUGAGCAGUGGCAAUUCAGGGCCAUCUGUUUGGUCUGUACAACUUCCCCCAAAAACCUUGUAUUUGGGAAUGUCUCUUACUGCUGCCUCCUUACUUUCCUCCCAUCUCCUCGGGGGUGAUGACUGAGCCAUCCUGCCAUGAAACUGCAGAUUUCCCUCUCACAACCCAAACAUGACACUGUGACUGCCACGAGCUGCUCCCUUUGUCACACCAGGUGGGGGACAGGAAGAGCAGGGCACAGUGACCACCUGAGGAAGCCCCACACUGGAUACCUGUGCUCUCCCUGGCCUGGCAGCACACAGACUAACAAAGGUGCUGGGACAGUCUCUGUCCUCCUUCUCCAUCAAUAAGCACCACGGGUAGGAUCUGUAACACAGGAUUUAUUUCUGCUCAGUGCCCUCCUACAGAAACAUUCCAGAUUUCUAAGGCAAUACUUCCUCCUCCAUACAGGAAACACCAUCCUUUUUUGGUUGGUCCAUGUAACAUCUGACAGUGUAAUGAAGUUUUGCCCAAUUCCUCAGCUGACACAGCAGGAAAGAGGAACACAGACACAGGAUACACAGAUAAAUGCUCUGUAAGUGCCUCUUGGCACCAUUUAAUGCUAUUGACUUCAACACUCAGAGAGGUGUAACAGAGGGGCACAGGUUGUCAUGAACCCCAGUGUAAAAACUUUAAACAAGUUUCUUCUGAAAUGCCCUGAAAA